AUAGCAGCGGGAAGUUAGUUUGAGCUUACCUCCAUCAUGGCGAGUCCAUGUCGCGCCUUUGCUGCGGUUUUACCGGCUGAAGUGGACCGGGGGCUGGAAGUGAGACCAGUCGGCAGAGACAGAGCCAGUCACCGGCUCAGGGAGCUCCAGGUGACCGGCACAGCGGAGGUGUGUUGUCCGGCGGACCGAGCGUCGCUGCGGGUCGGUGUGAGCAGCAGCAAGGAGUCGCUCAGCGAGGCGACCAGCAGCGUUUCACGGAGACUGGAGUAUAUUUUACAGGCUCUCAGACAACACAGCAUCAGGGAGGAAGACACAUCAGUUAGGAGGUUCGUGCACCGACACGCAGAGCAGUACUGUAUGGAUGCAGAGGUGAAGGUUACGUUCUCAGAUUUUGAGAAGAUGGAGCGAGUUUGUAGCGUCCUGCUGGAAAAGCUGGACAAGAGCGUUUGUGUCGGGACGCCUCAGUUUUACCACAGCGCUGAAUGUCUCAGUCAGAUGAGGCAGCGUGCGUGUGUGUCAGCAGUGGAAAACGCUCAACAAAAGGCCGGCAAAGUCUGUCAGCUGCUCGGACAAAGUCUGGGCUCCCCGCUAAACGUUAAAGAAGAGGAAACCAAAGAGUGGAGGACUGAGGAAGAGGAGGACGAAGGCAGGAGGCAGCGUUUUCACUUCCCUCAUGUCCCUACGAUCACCGCCUCCUCUCAGGUGUCUGCGUCAUUCAGCCUCAGAGACAGGAGCAGGAAAAAACUCUCAUAAACCCAGAAAGUGGAUUCUGUACAACACUUUAUUGCAUGCUUGUGAUGCUUAAAUAUAAGGUGCAACUUUCAUCCAACACA